AUGGAUCCUCUUAGCAUCACCAGCGCCUCAGUCGCGUUGGCUGCCACUGUCUACAGAUGCGCGAUUGAGGUCAAAAGUAUCGUUGGCACGAUCGCCGACGCAGCCGACUCGCUAUCAGAUCUAGCCGAAGAGGCUCAACUAAUUCAGGAAGCACUCCAGGGUGUCGAGGUUGCCUUGCAGGACAAUCAAGAAGCAAUCUCUCAAUGCAAGAUUGAAGAGGUUUUCUCGAUUGCAGUCAAGGGCUGUCGCGCGACGUUGGCGUGCAUCAAGCAGGAGUUUGAGCUUCUUCUUAAUCGGCACGAUUGGAGAGCUCGUUUCAUGCUGUUAUGGAAAAGUUCAGUACGAGAGGUUCAAGCCCUGGUCGGCAAGAAACAAAGUGCUUUGACCGUUGCGAAAGAGGACAUAAGGUCUCUCAUACCGACCUACUGGACUUGCCGUGAUACAAUCCUUGGCUGCCUUGACAAGGAAACAGCCAACGACAUCUAUGUGGAAUGGGGGAACCGGGACAGCAAAAUGAGUGUAACUGAGUUUGACUUUGACUACGAGCUCAUCAACACACGAGCUUAUCGUCGAGCUCUUGCUCAAGCACAAACCAGAAGCAAGCGGGAGCUACCAUACAGAGACCUUGACGACUCUCCAGGCCGAAAACCUAACGCUGGGAUCAUAGAGCCGGUUAAUGAUCUCAUCGACUUGAGUUAUGAGCCGACCCAACAAGGUGCUUCAAUGUCGCCACAUAUGCCCUACAAGUCAUAUAUAGACCUAACGGGUCUGCGGUUCCUACCGAGAACUGCGGAUAGAGGGGUAGAUAGUUCCGAAACCCUUGACAGCUGUAAAACUGCCGAACCAGCAGACAUUGGAGAAUCCGACAUGUCACCAGAUUCUGGAGAUCAAGAUUUAGAAAAUCGGACCGCUUUACUCGAGGAAUACGUCGAAGGUAGAAAAGACGAGAGUCUUCCCAUCGGGGGUCGCCCUACCGCGCGUGUACGCUUGGCGUAUAAGAGGGAAGUAGUCGAUAUAAAAGACCAUCCUGAGGUCACAGAAAUCAACCGUGUUGACCGAGCCUUUGGCAUAGGUUCGGAUGAGCCACUCGACAGCAGCCUCGUUGGAAGCCUCCAAGCCCCAAACAUUCGAGAGUCUAAUCUACAAAAGAGCCUGGCUGCCCUUGAAGCGAAGCAUGGUCAUGCACAACGACGAUGGGCUAGCCCACGAGGAUCCGUCGAGAUGUUGGAUGAAAUAUGGAAAGACACCGUGACAACGAAGGUACCAGCCAAGAAGAAAGCGAACCAUUCGAAGUAUCAAUCCUUUGAGUCAAGAUCUACACCUGAGGAUGACAUGAGACAUCGGAGAACAAGCAUUGUCAGACAAAAACGUCCCAAAGUUAAACAAAACGAGCGAAGCAAAAGCACCGAUUCCACUCAAGUCAGCCCAGGUACACCGCCAAAGGCAAACAACUCUCGAUUUCUCAAAACUGUUGGAGAUCUCAACAAGGGCGCCGACCCACUGAAGCAGAAGCCUCUAGUUUACAGCUAA